AUGGUAAACCAAUCUCCUGCGAACCGUGUCGUAUCUCCAAAAUCCGCUGUGACCAUCAACAACCGACGUGUAGACGAUGUGACAUCAGGGUGCUACUAUCAUCCGGCCCCUUUAACUCGACCACGGAAGAAGGCACAAGCACCUCGCAGUGCGUCUCCCGUCAACCCAUCGCGUGUGGACGAUGAGGCCUUGGACGCCUCUGCUAGCCGGGGUGACGGGAUCGUACCAACUGGGCCUCAGAUGGGCUUGACGUCUACCUCCCAGCCGACUUAUUUGGGAUCCACUAGUUUUAUGUCAGCGUUUCACCAUAAUCAACGGGAUAUGAGCCUUUCAACACCGAAAACAGCCCAUGCAUCCAGCCUGCGCAAGGCAUGGAGUGCGGACUUCACGCACGUGCUUCCCCGGCUGGUACAGCUCCUGCGUCCCCUCAGGCUCUAUGAAGAUUUAAUAACCGACAAAUACCAUCGAAGCCCAUUCACCGUCAUCCCAGCUCCUCUUGUGCUUACGCCCUUAAGAUUGCUUCGUAACCACUGGGACAGGGAGGGAUGGCCGCAAGAGGGCUUGGGAUCCCGGAUCACUCAGAACACAGCCACCAAAUUGAUCAAGGUGGAAACGAAUAUGACAACGGACCAGUUUUACCGUUUGUUCACGGGUGCGAAUCUGCGAUGGGAGUUUGUCGGCCUCAUAUUCGCCCUGGCGGGGCUCGGUGCCAGCAUAUCCUCUUCCUCCCCAUUGUUCUCUCUGAACGGCAAGGAUGAAAUCAGCUCAGAAGCCUUUGCCAUGGAGAUGGCAGCUGCAAGUCUUGCAUGUAUUGAAAUCUGCAGGCAGUACGACAAUGUGAAUGACUUGGUCGUUUGGCUGCACUACACGUAUUUCGUAUUAGGAUCAAAUAUAGAUGGAGAGACAAACCAUCAUAUUUACGCACAAUUUGGGGACUUGAUCUCUUGCAUCCAUGCCAUGGGCCUACACCGCCCACAUCCUCCUGACUCCUCCAUUCCAUUCUUUCUCUCGCAGACCCGCAAGAGGGUUUUCGCAGCGUCAUAUCGAACCGACAAGAAUCUAGCUACUUUCCUGGGAAGGCCACCUCGACUUCCCUAUCAUUAUUGCGACGUGGAACUACCCUUGGAUCUCGACGACCAUAGUCUCAUCCUGGAUCGCCUUUCCCUCGACAAAGCUGUCAGGCAGCUUACCCCGGAUGGAUGGGGUGCUUUCAGCGGUGGUCUUCGCCCUGCCACAGUCAUCCGGUUGCGAUAUAUGAUUGCGAGGUUGCGAGAGCAGGUGAUGGAGCUGUCCUUGGGGCGGGCCUCAGUUGGUUCCCGAGAACAUGAACUCCAGAUUACCUAUCAAGAGUGUAAGCGACUGUGGGAUAGAGUGCCCAAUGAAUUCCACUACAGCAAGCGCUCCUGGGAGGUUCUGGGUCCGCACUUGUCCAUAAUAAGUCUGGUCAUCCAUCUGGAAUAUCUUUAUACGGUGUUUCAGGUCGAGCGUAUCCGUUGUGGUGAGAGUGCCGAUGCCAUGGCCGAUCUCCUGGACUCGGCCAUGCAGAUUGUCUCUGCAGUCACGGACUUUGCGAAGCAACGUGAUCAAGAAGGCAGCAUCCGAGAGCAGUACACGUGGAUUUUUCUGUUUUAUGCUCUCCCGGCAGCAGGUGUCGUUGCAACCGAACUCCAUCGUUGCACGGUGUCCAUGGUGCCACUACCAUGUUCCAUACCCCGGUCCAGGAUCAUCCGUGAUCUAAACCUGCUUGCCUCCUGGUUCGAAAGUGCUAGUCCACCGACUAGUUACACACAUCAGGCGUGUGUGGAAGUCACCCAGGUCAUAAUCAAACUCUUAGAUGAUACUUUGGACUACCCACCAAGCGGGCAGAUGGCACAUGGACCACAACCCGGUACAGGCAGUCGUCCUACGCCGAGCAGCGGUGAUCGAGUUCGGGAGAGUUCUCAUUCGAUCGGGGUGUCCUUAAAUGUGUACGAACAGAGCGAGACCCUACCAAACGUAGAUACCCUUGAAACCAGUGAGGAUUUCUUGAACUGGCUGGAUGAACUGGGGCUGGAAACCAGCGUCCCUGAGUUCUUUCGGUGGCAGUAG